CAGUUAGGAGCAAACUCUUGUUUCUGGUUCUUGUAUCUCCCGGGAUUCCCGUUGCUUUACCCACAGCAGACAAGAAUUUGGGGCCGUGACUCAGUGGGGUGAGGAGGAGGAGGAGGAAGAGCAGGGCCAGCACCAGCUGGUGGUGAGGGCUGAGCCCAGCCCGCAGUGAGCAGCCAGGACCCCCAGAGCGCUGGGCAUGGCCGGGGGACGCCGGGGGCCCAACAGGAGCUCCUACUGCAGGACCCCCCUGUGCGAGCCCGGCGCCGCCGGCGCUGCCGGCCACUCCUCGGGCUCCUCGGUCACCGGCGUGCGCUCCCGGACCAGGAGUGGCUCGGGGACAGGCCUGUCCAGCCCCCCCCUGGCAGCUCAGACAGUCGUUCCCCUGCGGCACUGCAAGAUCCCCGAGCUGCCCGUGGAGAGGAGCGUCCUGUUCGAGCUGCAGCUCUUCUUCUGCCACCUCGUCGCCCUCUUCGUCCACUACAUCAACAUCUACAAGACAGUGUGGUGGUACCCACCCUCCCACCCUCCUUCUCACACCUCCCUGAACUUUCACCUCAUCGACUUCAACGUGCUGACGGUGACAACCAUCGUCCUGGCACGGCGGCUCAUCGGUGCUGUCGUCAAGGAGGCUUCCCAGAGUGGCAAAGUCUCCCUGCCACGCUCCAUCUUCCUGGUGGUCACUCGCUUUGCCGUCCUCACGGGCACGGGCUGGAGCUUGUGUCGCUCCAUCAUCCACCUCUUCAGGACCUACUCCUUCCUCAACCUCCUGUUCCUGUGCUACCCGUUUGGGAUGUACAUCCCCUUCCUCCAGCUGAACUGUGACUUCCGCAAGGCCGGGCUCUUUGCUCAGGUGGCCAACAUUGGCCCCAGGGACACGGGGGAGGUGACAGCCCGGGGCAGAGACUACCUGACAGUGCUGAAGGAGACCUGGAAGCAGCACACGAGGCAGAUGUACGGCAUGGAGGCCAUGCCCAGCCACGCCUGCUGCCUGUCCCCAGACCUCAUCCGCAACGAGGUGGAAUUCCUCAAAAUGGACUUCAACUGGCGCAUGAAGGAGGUGCUGGUGAGCUCCAUGCUCAGUGCCUACUACGUGGCCUUCGUGCCCGUGUGGUUUGUCAAGAACACUCAGUACUACGACAAACGCUGGUCCUGUGAGCUCUUCCUGCUGGUGUCCAUCAGCACCUCGGUGAUCCUCAUGCAGUACCUGCUCCCUGCACGCUACUGUGACCUGCUCCACAAAGCUGCAGCACACCUGGGCUGCUGGCAGAAGGUGGAUCCAGCCCUCUGCUCCAACGUGCUGCAGCACCAGUGGACUGAGGAGUGCAUGUGGCCUCAGGGGGUGCUGGUGAAGCACAGCAAGAACGUCUACAAGGCUGUGGGUCACUACAACGUGGCCGUGCCCUCGGACGUGUCGCACUUCCGAUUCCACUUCUUUUUCAGCAAACCACUGCGAAUCCUCAACAUCCUGAUCCUGCUGGAAGGAGCUGUCAUCUUCUACCAGCUCUACUCUCUGAUUUCCUCGGAGAAGUGGCACCAGACGAUCUCCCUGGCUCUGAUCCUCUUCAGCAAUUACUACGCCUUCUUCAAGCUGCUGCGGGACCGCCUGGUGCUGGGCAAGGCCUACUCCUAUGCUGCCAGCAGGGACUCAGAGCAGAAGUUAAAUUAAAACAAUUGCACUGAUGCUCUCAGCCUGUUACAGAACAAACAAAAACGAGAAACCCUCAGAGCUUUGUAUUUUUGUUACCACUGCUUUUUUUUGUUGUUGUCGUUUUCUUUGAUAACUGAUGUAAUUAAAAGGAAAAAAAAAACAUAUUUUUUUACUCCCA